AUGAAGGUCACCCUCGCGACGCUCGCGGCCAUCGCGCCCUUCGUCAUCGGCGCCGCCGCGCAGGCCAGCGGCUCCGGAGCCACGACCCGCUACUGGGACUGCUGCAAGCCCUCCCCGUGGGCCGUCGACGACAACCUCGCCUACGGUUGGGCGGCGGUGCGCAUCAACGGCCAGACCGAGUCGGAUUGGUGCUGCGCCUGCUACGAGCUUACUUUUACGAGUGGGCCGGUCAAUGGCAAGAAGAUGAUUGUGCAGGCGACCAACACUGGUGGCGAUCUCGGCGAGAACCACUUUGAUAUUGCGGUAUCCGCAGAUGCCCGGAGGCGGUGUCGGCAUUUUCAACGGCUGCACCGACCAGUGGGGAUCGCCCCCAACGGUUGGGGCGAGCGCUACGGCGGCAUCAGCAACGGCGCCGACUGCGACAGCUUCCCCGAGAAGCUCAAGCCCGGCUGCAAGUGGCGGUUCGACUGGUUCGGCGGCGCCGACAACCCUACCGUCACCUUCCAGCAGGUCCAGUGCCCGGCCGAAAUCGUCGAGAAAUCCGGCUGCCAGAGGAACGGAAUCUGA